GAAACACUGCGGAUGAAAAGGUUUUAUUUUGGAGUGUGCUUUUAAAAGUUAUACCUAUGUGUCGUUACAAAAGAUUUAUGUUUGUAAAGAUGAUGAAUCAGGCAAAAGUAAUAUUAAGUUCUCCCUUCAUUUAUGUUUGUUGAGGAAAACUCAAUAAAUCUUCAGAAAACUACAUCGCGUGGGAAAUACCUCGUCUUACAUAAUGAGGCAAAUAAACACUUUUAAUAAAAAAGGCAUAUUGAUGUGCGCACACAUGUGCAUAGCUCUGGGGUAUAGUGGCGAAGAGAAUUCUGACGAAAACGGUGAGGCAGAAUCUGAAGGGGACAUUGACACGGAGGACUGGGGGGAACAAACCGAUGACGAGGGGGGAGAACAAACCGAUGACGAUGGGGGGGAACAAACCGAUGACGAUGGGGGGGAACAAACCGAUGACGAUGAGGGGGAACAAACCGAUGACGAUGGGGGGGAGGAAGAACAUCAUGGCUGUAUUUGUGCUCACUAUUACGAACCACUUUGCGGGUCUAACGGGGAAACUUACUAUAACAGAUGCGUGUUUCAGUGUGCCUUACGAUAUAUUAAUCCCGAAUUGAUAAUUAAACAUUUUGGUAUGUGUAAUAGCGAUGAUCACUCUGGCUAUCAACAUCGUCACGGCCGGAGAGUUAGUUUUCUAUUUUAAUAUUUAGGUUGCCGGAGUAUCUAAAUAGGUAGUAUGUCAAGUAAUGGAAAUAAAACAGUGUCUUAAACAUGA